AUGCUAUUCUUCGUCCCGUUUAUCCUCAUUCCUAUAACUACAAAGAGUGCAUUCUCUAUACCAAGCUUUCCCCAACCGACACAAGAGAAUUCGAUCGUUGAGCAGAACGAAAAUCCGGUGACUGUGGAUGUAGUCGGUGAAUCAGAGUGUCCGGAUACCACUCGAUUCAUCGCAAAUCAGCUAUUGCCAGCCUUUAAGAAAUUCCGCACUCGCCUUCAGAUUAACUACCAUCCUUAUGGGCCUUUCCGGCGUACACGUUGCUACCAGAAGAACAAUGGAACAGUGGCGUGUGCGUGCCAACAUGGACGAGAAGAAUGCCGAAAAAAUGCGCUACAAGCUUGUGUAAUUGAUGCCUUACCUAAUGCAGUAGAUUAUCUGGAUAUCGUGGCUUGUAUCCAAGGUCCGUUCGGAUUCAGUUACGCAUUUUUUAAAUGCAUUGCAAAUUCUGCAGUUUCUGGACAACUCGAUCAAAAUAGAAUGUUUCAAUGUGCAAACAGUGAUGAAGGUAGACUGUUGAUGGCUAAACAUGGUAGAGAAUCGCUCAACUUUGGUGCAAACAUAAACUGGGUGCCUUGGAUCGCUGUAAAUGGGUUACGGAUUCCUGCAGCUGAAAAACAUUUCGAGGCUGUCUUAUGCAACCAAUACUUUGAUCCGCGACCUCCAGAAUGCCAAAGCCUAAGAUCCUAG